AGUCCCAGCGGUGACGUCAAUGAACGAGGAAGUAGAAUAAUAACCUGCUAGGGGCAUGCAGUGCAGCUCGACACGUCAUUGAUGAAAUUAUAAACUGUUUAAAACAUGCGAGACUGGAGCCUCGUAUCCUUAUCCGUUUUGUUUGGGCUGACGGCGAGAUGGGCAGUGUCAUUGAAUUCUUAUUCAGGUGCUGGAAAAGCACCCAUGUUUGGGGACUACGAAGCCCAGCGGCACUGGCAGGAGGUGACCUACAAUUUACCGGUUGAAGAAUGGUAUUUCAAUACCAGUGACAACAAUCUACUCUACUGGGGUCUUGAUUAUCCGCCCCUGACUGCCUAUCAUAGCCUCCUGUGUGCUCACAUAGCCCAGCUGAUUAAUCCAGACUGGAUUUCACUCCACACCUCUCGGGGAUAUGAAAGCAUCUCUCACAAACUGUACAUGCGAGCCACAGUCAUGGCUGCAGAUCUGAUUGUGUACAUCCCAGCGGUUCUUCUCUACAGCUUGUAUUUCAGCGAGGGCUCUUCGAAGAAGAAGGUCUCAACAAUGCUGUGCAUGUUGCUGUAUCCAGGACUCAUUCUUAUCGACUAUGGUCAUUUUCAAUAUAACUGUGUGAGUCUGGGUUUUGCUCUGUGGGGCGUGCUGGGGCUGGCUCUGGGGUGGGACCUCUGUGGCUCCCUGGCUUUCUGCCUGGCUCUGAACUACAAGCAGAUGGAGCUGUACCACGCACUGCCCUUCUUCUGCUACCUCCUGGGGAAAUGCACGAGGAAAGGGCUGACAGGCAAAGGGCUGACCCACCUCCUGAAGAUCGCUGGGACGGUCGCAGCCUCCUUUGCGCUGUGCUGGCUGCCUUUCCUUGCAGACCCUGCGCAGGCCCUGCAGGUCCUCCGGAGGCUGUUCCCAGUUGACCGGGGUUUGUUUGAGGAUAAAGUCGCCAACACCUGGUGCAGUUUGAGUGUUCUGGUGAAAGUAAAGAACUUGCUGCUCCCUCAGACCCAGCUCAGACUCAGUUUUGCAGCAACACUUCUGGCUGUUUUACCUUCAUGCAUAAAACUGUUUGUGCACCCUAGUGUCAGAGGAUUCAAGCUUGCCUUGGUGACCUGUUCAUUAGGGUUCUUUCUGUUCUCCUUUCAAGUCCAUGAAAAGUCUAUUCUUCUGGCUGCAUUGCCGGUUUGCUUGCUGAUCAGUGAAAUUCCAUUCAUAUCUACGUGGUUUUUACAGGUGACAACAUUCAGUAUGCUGCCUCUGCUGCUGAAGGACGGGCUGCUGCUGCCCUAUAUCGUUACAUCCCUGGCUUUCCUUCUGAUAAGCAUCACUCUGCUAUCUGCGCUGGAACAGACUUCUGAAGAGGACCUGAAACUGAAGCAGCUCUUCACUUGCAGAAGAAAACACAUGCCUUGGUUUAAUGCCCCUUUGCUUGCUAAAUCUGGAUACAUUCUGUCUGUUCUCUGCAUGGCUGUGCUGAGUUUCCUGAGCGCAGCACUGAGCCCUCCAGCCAGACUGCCAGACCUGUUUCCCGUUGCCAUCUCUCUCUUCUCCUACGUGCACUUUGUGGGGUUUCUGAUCUAUUUCAAUACCAUUCACCUGACAGAGCUUCCAAGUAAAAAGACCCAGAAGAAAACAAACUAGGUGCCUCUGCAACAACUGGGCUGCUGUCAACCAAACAGCACCACUUGAUUCCUGCUCGGGUGAAACGUCAUGGACCAGUAAAGCACCAUGGUUCUGUCGAGAUCUGCAGGUGGAUUUGAGAGAGCAGUUAUGACUGUACAGCCAGUUCAGAGUUUUGCAGGGUACAUUGUAUAUCUCUGUAUUUGUAUUACACCAUUGCAACAGCGUCACAGGUACAUCUUUAUUUACAAACACUGUUGGCAUGCUGUAUCCAUUCCACAUGCACAAGGUUCACAAAGAUUACUCGCGUAUGCCUUGCUUCUAAAGGGUUCACUUUAUUCAAAUAUACUGUUUUUUGGUUGUUUUUUUUUACCAGGACAAUAAUGAAAAAUAUAUAUUAUUGUUCUAAUAAAAUAGUAUACAUUA